GCAAGGACACGCCGCAUCGCAUGACCCAUGUCCUUUGGCGGGGUUCCCCUGCCAGGGUUGCAGUAUGGGCUGCGAUGUUCACUACAAGCAGAGGGAUUCAGCACCGUAGAGCUGAGAUGUGGCCUAUUUGGUUCCGAUCUUGAGCUGUUGGAUGCCAAUGAAUGUCCUGAAAAGCUGGGCUGCAGCAGGAGUGCUGUACUCUGGGCCACGGCAGAUGGCGGAAAUGAUUUGGCCACCAUAGAGUUGCAGCUGGACGAGUUGCCAGCGGCCCUGGAACAUUUGGUGCUGGCGACUGUUGGGAAGACUGGGAUCCAAGGAGGUUUCCUGUCUUUGAUGGUUGCCGCAGGCGGAUUCCACCAACAAUACAGGCGGAGUCAAUCUCCGGAACACGGGCGCGGAAGCUAUGUCCAGGGUUGCAUGCUGGCAGUCCUCUCACGAAGAGGCCAGGGAUGGCUCUUGCAGGAAGUGGUGCCCAACAUCGGUCUCAGCUGUGAGCAACAGGAAGAUGCCAUCGUCCGGGAACUGUACUGGCCAGAAGUGGGAGUUGCCAUCGAAAGGACUGUCACAACAGAGGCCGGGCCAUCCAUUACCUGGCUGGAGGUGUUCAGAGCCUAUCCCGAAGGCACCUAUCCAAGUGAUGAUGACACCGAAACAGCCAGCCACGAGAGCCCCAUGGGCAGCAGGCCUGAGCUGGUCACAUCUAUCUUAAGUCCGGCCAGUGAAUUGGAAAAAGCAUCCCGUGGCUGCUGGACUGAGUACCCUUCAUCACAUCCAAAACAAACCCCAUCAUCGCCGUCCUCUUUGUCCAAAAAUGGCAGACAGGACUUCCUUCCGUUUGAGGAGCUCAGAGACUUUGGCCCACCUCGUGCAGCAUGCAAGUCGCUUCUAGGGACUGAAGGUCAAAUGGCGGAGCUGUGCCAGGAGACUGGAAGAUUGUCUGUCAGUUUGAAACUGUCUGAGGAUCGGCUCAGCAAAUCUGAGUCACUGGUAGUGAACUUGCGGAGCGAGGUGGCAAAGCUCCAGGAAGACAAACAGAGCUUCUCAGAGGAGGCCGCACUAAAGGAGACCAAACUGCAACGCCUUCGGUCGGAGUUGGACCAUUGCAUGUCGGAGCUUCAGCAGAGAACUGGAGCUAUGCGGGCUCAGCAUGCAGAGCUGGAGCAGAUGGCAAAAUCGCGAGCCAAAGAGCUUGCACAGCAGGAGCGUUGCAAAGGGGAGGUCGCGGCACUUGAACAGGAGCUGGUACGAGUGAAUCAGCAGCUGGUUCGGGAGAGAAGCACUUGGGAACAAGACAAAGAAUCGCUUCAAAAAAGCCUUCAAGAAUGCACAGCUGAAGCCAAAGCUGCCAGAAUAGCUCAAGGGGCCUCUGAUAGCGACCUCGAGCGACUGCGGCAAGAGUUGUUUCUUGAAAGGGCAGAAGCAGCUCGAUACCGCACGGAAGCCUUGGAACAGCAGAAGGUCAAAGAGGAACCAACAACUUCUGGGAGUAGAGUCAGUUUCCAGGAUGUUGCAGGCAGCAAGAGACUAGAGGUGGAGAUGCUUCAAGCUGAGCUUGCGAAGCUACAAACCACGUUUGCUGAAGAGCUUGGCAGUGCACGUGCACGUCUUGCUGUCGCAGAAAGGCGAAACAAAGAUUUGCUGGAAAAUCUACAAAGCACUGUGCGUGCUGCUCAUUCUGCAAAGGUGGUUGAGCGGCCUGCAUCGCUGCCAGAACCUCCAAUGGUACUGCCAAAGAGUGGUGAUUGGACGGGGCAGCCAGAAACCUUGGAGCAAAGAGGCCAGAAAUUUCAGAAACCACAGGUGGGUUCUUUGGAGAGCACCAGAAGUCACAUCAGUCUGGGAGGGGCCCGGAGUCAGAGACAGGCCGAGCUCUGGGAAUUGCACUCUCAGCACAGAGAUCGCUCGGAGCGACUAGCACGUCACCAGGAAGAGUCACAGUGGCAGCAGCUACGCGCCUCAUGCAGUCGAUCUGCAAGCAGCGAAACCGGCAGGAUUGAGAUCGACGGUGCUCGAGUUAGUCCUCAGAGUCGCAGCCGCGACUUCGGUCGUUUACCUUCGGCGCCCUCGAGCAGCAGCUCCCUGGGCGAGACGUUGCGUCGGGCGGUGGCUGAACGACGCCGCGGGCGAGAGCACAAGGCCACCCGAGCCCUGGACGAGGAAUACACGCGCUUUGUGAAGGAAGGCUCGGUCAGAUACCCACAGUGUACACACACUACACACAGUCACGGUACACAUACGGGCAGAGACAUGACAGGGAGAGAAUUGAGGGAAGUGAGGGAAGGCAGGCAGAGCUCAGCUCCUGAGCCGUUUGUGCUUAGCGACUUGGGCACCGCCGGAGAUCUCUGACAUUGGUUUGAAGUGGUGUUUCACUGCGUGGAUCUAGCUGCGGGGCCACUGUGCGAUCAGCGCGUCCAGCUGGUCGGUGGGAGGCAUACUCAAAAAGGAACGAUGCAGGGCUACUUCAGUGGGUUUGUAGGAACACGGUCUCUUCACUAUUUUCUCCGAAGAAGCACGAUCUUGAACUGCGGUUGGUUCUUUUCCUUCUUGGAUCUUUGUCUGAGCUACGCAUCAGAACCCAGGACGCAAGCAAAAGAAAAGACCGAAACAGAGCCAGCAGAGGAAGAAGGCCCAGUGGAAGAUAUGCGAAGUCCAGAAGAAUUGAGAGAACAGUACCUAGAGGACUUGGCAUGUGAGCAAGCAGAGGCUGGUACAAAAAAACGGAUGCAUCAGUGCUGCGAAUGUCGUAC